GCUCUCAUACAAGUUAAGCAUAACAUUGCAAACUACACCAUCUCUUUCUCUCUCUUCUUUGUCUUCUUUGCGGAGGCAGAAAAGAGAUAGAGACGGAGGUUCUAGCUUGUGUUCUUCGUCAAAAUUCUCCACCUAAAUAAUAUUCUCAACUUUAUCUUUAUCCACCAAUUUGAUACCUUUUUUGGUUUGGUCUGUCAUUGUUCCUGUUGAAUUGCUCGUUUUUAGCUAAUUUGGUUUAUGUUAUCUUCUUCUGCUAUAUCGCAUAUUCUACUAUUCUAGCUUGCCCAUUCGUUCCUUAACCAUCUCUAACCUUUAAAAACUUCCAAAGCUUCGAUUCUUAACGGGUGAACAUUGGAUAUUGGUAUUGAAAAGUUAGAGGAAAUAACAUGUUCUGGAGCUCAGGUUCGAUGGUUAGAGGUGAGUUGCACGUGCAAGGAGUUGAAUCUGGUUACAAUGAUGUAGUAAUAAGUAGUUCUGGAAUAAAGUUUGCAUGGGGUUCACAUAAGGGUAAUGUUCAUCCAACUGGCUUAUUUGCAAGUGUUGGUCAAGCAGGAUUUGGAUUUGGGAUUUCACCAAAUCCUCCAACAGCUGCUAGUACUAGAGACACUGGCAAGAAACUUGCUUUGGUUAAUUCUUCCAUGAAAUACGUUUUAUUGACUGAAGCUGGAUUUAGUACUAAGGGGGGUGAAGGACUAUUGAAUGGUGAGACAUUUGAAGCUGAUGAAGAAGGACUUGGCAUGAAGAAGGGAAAAGAGAUAAAGGGGUUUAAAUUGAAAUUUAAGAUUGGGAAUCCAUCAUUGAGAAAGUUGAUAAGUGGGGCUAUUGCGGGUGCAGUGUCAAGAACUGCCGUGGCACCGUUGGAGACCAUAAGGACCCAUUUGAUGGUGGGAAGCUGUGGGCAUAACACAAUCCAAGUGUUUCAAUCUAUUAUGGAGACUGAUGGGUGGAAGGGCUUGUUCACAGGUAAUUUUGUCAACAUUAUCCGAGUUGCACCAAGCAAGGCCAUUGAGUUAUUUGCGUAUGAUACUGUCAAGAAUCAAUUAUCUCCUAAACCUGGAGAACAGCCAAAAAUCCCAAUUCCUCCCUCAUCAAUUGCUGGUGCUGUUGCUGGAGUUAGCUCUACCCUGUGUACAUACCCUCUUGAACUACUCAAAACUCGUCUCACUGUUCAGAGAGGGGUGUACAAGAACUUACUCGAUGCAUUUGUAAGAAUUGUUCAAGAGGAAGGUCCUGCAGAACUGUACAGAGGCCUAACACCUAGUCUAAUUGGUGUGAUACCUUAUGCUGCUUCAAACUACCUUGCUUAUGAUGCACUUAGAAAAGCUUACAAGAAAGUGUUCAAUAAGGAAGACGUUGGGAAUGUGAUGACCCUUCUAAUUGGAUCAGCUGCUGGUGCAAUUUCAGGUGGUGCAACAUUUCCACUUGAAGUGGCUCGUAAGCACAUGCAAGCUGGGGCUUUAAAUGGAAGACAAUACAGCAACAUGCUACAUGCCCUCAUUAGUAUACUAGAAAAGGAAGGGCUUCUGGGUCUGUACAGAGGUUUGGGACCAAGUUGCUUAAAACUAGUUCCUGCUGCUGGCAUUUCUUUCAUGUGCUAUGAAGCUUGCAAGAGGAUACUUGUAGAAAAUGAACAAGUUUAAACAACAUGUGGAUGUGACUGCUGAUUCUUUCCACGGGAUUUGUUGGUAUUGGUUUUUUGUUUAGGAAGAGGAGACUAAUUUGCGGUGCAAAUUUUUGGUUUUGCAGAUUUUGUUUUUGCUUACAUAUUUGACAAUUUCACCCAGGUUGUUUGUUUAAAGUUUUGUUGAUUCCAUAGACAAUGAUUUAUUUUGCAAUCAAUGUCUUCUAUAUUUUGUCUUUGUUUGGCCUUAGCUGAGAAUACUCAACUUGAGUUGAUAAAGUUUUUUUUACUUGUUUUCCAUGCAAAAUGUAAAAGAAAACAUGGAUUCAUUUUCGAAUGAAAUAAUGUUUUAACUGAC